AGUCACUUGCCACUAGCGAAAAAGACACCCCUGAAGAAAAGGCCCCUGUGCGCAGCACGCUUUAUUCAUUGCCUUAAUGAGUAUUUUGACGCUCAUUUGGUCACAUUUCAAGAUUUAAGUCAUAUAUUGGAUUGAAUUGGAUACGACUUUACUGUAAAAUGUGCUGUAUUUGUAACAUACAUGUAAUCUUAUGAAGAUCUUCGUAUAGCCUACUAAAAACAAAUUCGUUAAUCAUGGACGAAGGCGAUGUCGAGACGCCGGAGGAGCUGUUACUAAAACAGCAUCGUAGGGAGAAGAAGGACCUGCAAGCCAAGAUCCAGAGCAUGAAAAACAGCGUUCCCAAAAACGACAAGAAAAGGCGGAAGCAGAUGACGGAAGAAAUCGCCAAGAUGGAGGCCGAGCUAGAUCACAAGCAUGACGAGGAGCUGCGGCAACUCGUGUCUACGUCCGACACACAGGUGGAGGAGGCAGUAAAUGGAGUGGAAGGGCUGACUGUUGAAGAGCAACCUCGUGUCACCAAAGCCCAGAAGAGACGGAACAAGAAGGCUGCCCAGGAACGGGAACGCGAGAGCAGAAUCGCCGAGGCCGAAGUGCAAAACCUGCAGGGCGAGCGCCACCUCGAGGGUGUCAAGCUGGCGGAGAAACUGUCAUCGCGCGGGCUUCAGAUCAAGGAGAUUUCCUCCGAUGGCCACUGCAUGUACCGCGCCAUCCAGGACCAGCUGGCGCGGCGAGCUGAGUCCGAGUUGAGCGUGAAGGAGCUGCGGUGUCGCACGGCGGCGUACAUGCGGGGCCACGCAGACGAUUUCCUGCCGUUCCUCAGCCAGCCCGACACGGGCGACGUGUACACAGCGGAGGCCUUUGAGAAAUACUGUAACGACGUGGAGCACACGGCGGCAUGGGGCGGACAGCCGGAACUGCAAGCACUGAGCAGAGUCCUGCGGUGUCCCAUUGAAGUCAUCCAGGCCGAUUCACCGCCCAUCAGCAUUGGCGAGGAGCACGCCGGCGACCCCAUCACCCUCAUCUACAUGCGUCACGCUUACGGCCUGGGAGAGCACUACAAUUCCGUGGAGCAGCUCAAGGAGCCGGCCGACGACAAACGAGCCGAGUGUGAAAGGACGGAAGGCUGAAGAAAUCGCAAGCGGUGGCCGGUGGGAAAAAAGACGAAAGGGAUGGAGGAGAGGGCGAGAAGUCUGACGGCAAAGAGGAAUCGAGGAUAGGAGGAAGCUGGACGGACUGUUGGAAGUCACCUGUCACCUGUACUUGGAUUUUAAACCCGACCCUGAAAGAUUAGGAUCCCCGCCCCUUCUACUAAAUCGAGGCUGCGUUGUAUGCACUGCCUGUGAUGAUCUGAAAUUGAAAUGUCAUAAGCCCCCCCCCCCCCACCCAAAAAAAUAAAUAAAUCAGCAAGCGUAGUUGGCUCAAUGCCCAUUGAUGAACAUUUGAGCCUUGGCGGAGGCCAUCAAGACAUUCAAGCAUCGCUGAAGGCAACAAAAGAGUCUGCAGGCACUUGAUGUCCCUC